UCAUAUCUAUUUCUUCAACAGUUCAGAGCUCAAGAAAGAGACAGAGGAAGAAGUCAUUAGUUUCACUUUUGUGUUUGUGUUUCAGUGUUGUAAAUUAGCUUUUAUUAAUGGAGUUAGGAUCUUCUUCAAUUGGGCCGUCCUUCAAGGCAGCAAACCCUCCUGUACGAAUCUCUAAGAACACCAAUCUCACGUUGAGAAGGGGAAGCCAAAGAUUCUCAUUCAGAGUCUCUUCUGUUUCGUAUAAAGAAUUCGCUGACUCUGCUCUUGAAGAAACCAGGAAGAGGGUCGUUCUUGAGCCUUCACCUCUCCAGGAAAGGUAUAGUAGCAUGACAGGACUUGAUGGCAAAACACAACUUCAAAUGCUUGCUUUCAAAUCUCCAAAGAUUAGACUAUUGCGGAGCAUGGCCAUCGAGAACGAGACAAUGCAGUGUCUGUAUGAUCUUCAGGUGUUUGACUUUGCUGGUUUCAUGGAGCCUGAGUAUGAUACACCUAUAUUCUGUGCUAACUUCUUCACAUCUGCCAACACCAACAUAGUGGUGCUGGACCUGAAUCCGUUGCAGCAGUUGACUGACCAGACGGAUUACCAAGACAAGUAUUACAAAAACAUAAUGUCCAUAUACCACAAAUAUGAUGAGAUGUUCCCAUGGGGAGGAAAACUAACUGCUGAAUCCAUAAAGUUCUUUUCGCCUCUGGUGAUGUGGACUAGAUUCUCGUCUAGCCAAGAGAAGCACAAGGCUUUGUUCUCUGCGUUCCUCAAAUACUAUCAGGCAUGGCUUGAGAUGACAAUACAAGUGAAGGAGGAGAUGGAGCCGUCUCAGGUGAGAGCUAACCGUGAAGCACAGCACAAGUACCUGACAUGGCGAGCACAAAAGGAUCCUGGACAUGGUCUUCUUAGAAAAUUAUUUGGUGAAGAAAAGGCAAAGGAGUUGUUGAGAGAUUUUCUGUUCAAUGGGGUGAAUGAGUUGGGCACAAAAACAUUCAUUGAUUACUUUCCAGAGUACCAAACAGAAGAUGGAACUGUGAGUGACAAAAGAAGUAUCAUUGGGAAGUCUUUUGAAACUCGGCCAUGGGAUUCAAAUGGACUAUUCAUCGGCUAACAGCAGGAGAACAUGAAGUGAACUUGAGAGAGCAUGAAGAGUCUCUUAGUUUCUGGGUGUUAAUACUUUAGCAAGCAUCUUCAUAUGAUUGUUUUGAGUUUACCAACACUGGUUAAUGUGUUGUUACCAUUGUUUAUCCUCUGCUGGUUGAAUUACAUGUUAUCAAAUAAGAGUAAAACAGCCUUUUGACACUCCCAA